GGAUCUUGGAACCACAUUGUCCCAUCUCCACGUCCUGUGGCUGGCUCACUGUGGGCUCUCAGAUUUAGAUGGGAUCUCUUCCUGCAGCUCUCUGAAAGAGCUCUACAUCGCCUAUAACAAUAUCUCUGACCUGAGCCAGCUGACCUGGUUGGAUCACCUUGAGGUUUUGGACCUGGAAGGGAACGAUAUUGAGGACAUCAACCAGAUGUGGUACCUGGGACUUUGUGGCAAGCUGAGCCGCCUGACGGUGGAGGGCAACCUUGUCUGUCUGAAGCCAAACGCGAAAUCUCCAGAGGAACCAGGUUAUAAUUACAGAGCCGAAGUUAAAAAACUCAUUCCCCAGUUGGAGUAUUUGGAUGAAAUACCAGCGAGCCAGACUGCCCUCCUUCCUUCCAAGAAGAUGCACGAGGAUUGGCUGAACAUCAAGGAAUCCAUCAAGGAAGGUGGUUUAGCCGGAGACAUUUCAUGGUUAGAUCCAUGUCUCGGGGCAGUGGCGAGGCAGCCUGGAUGCAGCCCAAGACACCCGACGACUUCCAGACCCGGACCGGCGCGCUGGGCGGCUGGCGCAGGGAGAUGUAGCAGCGCCCACCUCUCGUACAGUGGCCGUUCUCUUCCAGACCCUGCUCUUUCUGGCGAGCUGUUCGCAGGAGAUGACUCCAGUGAUUUGACACAUG